UUCAUAUCCAGAACAAAUGAGAAUGACAUCGUCGACGAAAAUAAUGCUGAUAGCAUGCGGCUCGUUUAGUCCGCCAACGCCAAUGCACUUUCGGAUGUUCGAAAUUGCUCGCGAUCAUAUUCAGCAAAUGGGACUCGGACAGGUCGUUGGAGGCAUAGUAUCACCAGUGCAUGAUUCAUACGCUAAGAAAGGCCUUGUUUCUGCUACGCAUCGCUGUGCAAUGAUCAAAAUCGGGUUGCAGACGUCCGAAUGGAUUCAUCUGUCUGAUUGGGAAACGCAACAAGAAGAAUGGACAAGAACUCGUCAGGUGUUACAAUAUCAUCAGAACUAUAUAAAUUCGUACUUAAAAGAUCCUAACGGCACUAUCAACAACCAGCAUAUACCGGCAUGGGUUCCAGAGGGAAUCAAGAAAACUGCGGGACAAGUACAAUUGAAACUAUUAUGCGGUGCUGAUUUGCUUGAAUCGUUUGCCACGCCAGGUCUGUGGAAAGACGAGGAUUUGGAAGCUAUUUUGGGUUACCACGGAAUAGUGGUCAUCUCUCGAGCGGGAUCCAAUGCGGAACAGUUCAUUUUCAAUUCCGACCUGCUGAGCCGAUAUAGACGCAACAUAACGGUUGUAACAAACUGGGUUACAAAUGAUGUUAGCUCAACAUUGAUUCGACGCCUGCUAAGCCGAGGUCUAUCGGUGAAGUACCUGUUGGAUGAUCAUGUGUCGGAGUAUAUACGAAAAUUUGGGCUAUUUGGAUCCAGUACUGAUAAUAAGUACAUUUUAACUCCGGGUAGCGCAGCGGAAGCCAUGAGCAUUUCACCCAUUUCACCGUUAAAUGAUCCUGAUAUUUACAUCGAGCAACAAAACCAGCGGAAUAAGAUCGGCUUGUCCUGCGAAGCAAUGGACGAAACGGACUUCCCGGCACCGCCUUUACCCCCUGGACCACCCAUCACGCUUAAUAAGGUAUUCUGCUGCUCGAAUGAUUCUAAAGUAGGCACAGGUAAUCGGGCAACGUUUCUUGGGCGGCCAGGAAGUGCCGUGCAAAUUAUAACAACUGAGGCGCCAUCAUCCACACCAUCACUCGCAACUUCUCCUACUGGGACGAAAAAUAUCGCUAAACACAUCACUUUGGACACCAAAAGCGGCAAUGCUGGAGAAAAGGUCAUAAAAAAGAUGAAAAAAUCAGCGUGUCCUGUUUAAAGUUGAUCAGAUGGAUGGUUCAAAUUUCUACAUACAAUCUCUAACCGCAACACACAAUGCUAGGAAUAUGUAUAGAGCAUACAAAUGGAUGUGGUAGUCCCAUGGAUAGUUCCUUACGUUUUUAAUCGAUUAGCUUGUUAAUAUUUAUUUGUCGUUACAUCUCAUGAUGCGUAGGCUGAUCGAAACAUUUAAAAAAGACUGCUUCAAACAGCACAUAAACCGUGUGACCAUACAAACAGUGCGCGUUUGCAUAGAACGAAUACUGACUGUUCAAAUAAUGCAAAUAGUAAAAUUUGAGAAGUCAGUCGUUAGGAUGUUAUUUUUCAGCUUCAAUUUUUACAAUUUUAGAGAAGUGGAUGUGAUUAGAUUACA